GUUGGCAUCCUGCUCCCGAUUUUACUAGAACUUGACUAGAAAUCGAAAUUGUUUUUGUACUGACGUGUUUUAUUUCGUUUGGCGUAAACGGGACAACUGUUAAAUCGACUUUCAGUGCGUAUUCCAUUAGUGAACACGAGUUAUUGGUAAAGCUAGCACGUGCAACGAUCCUUCGCAAGUUUUAAAUAUUUUUCCAAGCGAGCUUUUGCAUUUAUCUCUGUGACGUUUGCAAAAAGUUGAGAAACGUAGUUAUGGCAUCCGUGAACAUAAAUUCCUUCGUGAACUCAUUUAACAACAGAUUCGAAGCACCUGUGAGGCAACACCUAAAAAAUGUAUAUGCCUGCCUCGCAAUGUCAACAUUGGCAGCGGGUGUCGGGGCUUCGAUACAUAUGUUCACAAAUAUUCUCCAAGCGGGUUUUUUAUCCGCUAUUGGAGCACUGAUCUUCUUCUUCCUUCUGAUAUCCACUCCUGAUGACAAUGGUAAAGGAAUGACAAAACGCGUUGGCUACCUCCUGGGCUUUUCCACUCUCACUGGAGUUGGAAUGGGACCUCUUUUAGAACAUGUUGUUCUGGUAGAUCCAAGUAUCAUAAUCACUGCAUUCAUUGCAACUUCAGUGGUCUUUGUAUCAUUUACCAUCUGCGCAUUACUUUCCGAAAGAGGAAAAUGGUUGUAUCUGGGAGGUACUUUGUUUACUUUGCUCAACAGCCUCAUGCUUAUGAGUUUGGCAAAUAUUUUCUUUGGAUCAACAUUGCUGUGGAAUGCUCAGAUCUAUAUUGGACUCUUUGCUAUGUGUGGAUUUGUUCUAUAUGAUACUCAGGCUAUAAUCGAAAAGAGGAGAAUGGGCAGCAGGGACUUUGUGGCACAUUCUCUGGACCUGUUCGUUGAUUUCAUAGGAGUUUUCAAAAGAUUAUUGGUCAUCUUGACUCAGAAGGAACAGGAGUCACAGAAGAAGAGAAGAAAUUAAUCGUUAAAGUUCUUGCAUGAGUUUGGUUUAAUUUUCGGGAUAUUUUGAUCUCAGUGAUUCAUUCACCGAGGCCAUGGUUUUGGAUGGAAUGUAAAAUAGAUGUUGAAAAUAUAUUUAAAAUAAAAAUUAUUUGUAAAGGA